AUGCUCAAGAAGACUCUUCACCCGCCUUUGUUCUUUUGGAAUCAUACCCCCACUUCUACUCCAGAAUUAUCUCCUACUUCGUCUUCCGAUAGUGACUCGGACGAGGACAUGGAAUACUCAGCUGGCUCUAGGCCGCUGAGUCUUUCCGUCCCCCCCGGCACUUUCUGUCCUAUGCGACCGUCGCUUGAUGAGGUGCUCGCCAACACCGCUCCGGCACCAUACACUCUCAGUGCCUUUAUGGCAUACCUCUCGCAGAACCACUGCCUCGAGACCCUCGAGUUCACCUUGGAGGCCAAGCGGUACCGUGAGACCUAUGACUCGAUCCACCAAUCGGACCAAUCGCCCAUCCCGGCCGAUUCUCAGGAGAGCCAGCGUCUGUUGAUGCUCUGGCAACGCCUGCUUACCUCGUACAUCUACCCCGGAUCCCCCCGCGAGAUCAACCUCUCUAGUGACGUCCGUGACGAUAUUCUUCGCCUUGCCGGCGUGGUGACUCCUCCUUCGCCCAACACUUUGGACGUCGCCGUCAAACUCAUCCACGACUUGAUGGAGGAGUCCAUCUUUCUCCCCUUUCUCAACAGCCUGUCUUCAUCGGCUCACGUUCUCUCCCUGGGGGAACACGAGGGUCAUGGCGAAGGCAUUACCGUCGUUUCGAACUCGAGCCUGGACGAGCAUGCGGUCAAGCGCGUGCGAUCCAAGUCCAGAGCCAGACGUCUGUCGCCUCAGUCAUCGAGCAAAGAGUUGGGCUCGCCUCUUUCGAUCGGCAGUCAUGGCAGCCACACUGGUCGCUCCAACUUUUCGAUCGGCAGUCAUGGCAGCCACACUGGUCGCUCCAACUUUUCGUUGAGUGCAGUGGCUUCCUUGGGCAAGGCCGGCAGUCGCACCUCGGGCCAAAUCUCCAACGCCAGCGGUGACUCCGGAUCGGCUGCGCUCACUGAUGACUCGGGAUCCAACGCCAGCACUGGCGAGCCCAUGACUCCCCCCACCACCCCGCCUUCCAGCGACCCCUUUAUGCAACUCGGCCACAGCCCCAAGACCCGCGGAGAGAACCCGUGGAAGAAGAUGGGCAUGAAGCUGGGAUUCAAGAAGCGAUCGACCCAUGGAAGUAACGGAAACCGAGACUUGAGGUUCUCCGGCAUGGAAGAGUAA